AUGCACCUCGGAUAUCUCAUCCUCACGGCCUUCCUGGGGCAACUGCUGGGCACCACGGGGCAGAUCACAGUCACCCAGCAAGAAGGACAAGUCACAGUGAAGCACAGAGACACCUUCCAGACCAACUGCACAUACCAGACCUCCAGCUUUUACACUUUGCUCUGGUACCAGCAGAGGAAAGGCCAAGCUCCCCAGCUGCUCUCGUAUCAGGCAGCAGCUGGCCCCAGGCAGAGCGGCCGUCUCACCACGUUGCUGAACACCACAGGGAAAUACAGCGUCCUGCAGCUGGAGGAAGUCGAGGUCUCUGACAGCGCCCUGUACCUCUGUGCUGUGCCAGACACCCUGGGAAGAACAAGAAACAAUUAUAACAAGUUGCAGUUUGGCAAAGGAACAAGGCUCACUGUUAAACCAAAUGUUACUCCAUCUCCUUCAGUCUACAGACUGAUCUCUAAAGACGAUGAGGAUUUGGAAAUGUGCCUGAUCACAGAUUACUCCCCUAAACAGCUCACUCUUAACUCACCUGAUAAGGAGACAAGUGCUGUUGUGGAGGUGGCAACAUCUGAGAACAAACAGGAAGCGAGCUACCUGUCAACCUACUGGGCCAAGAAAGAUGAAAUGUUGUGUGGUGCAAAUCAUGAGGGCUUUGGAAAACUGGAGAGUGAGGAUCCUGAAAGUGGUGCCAGCACUGUCUGUAUUACAGGCAUGUCUCUACACUUCAAGACAGAUGAAAACCUGAACAUGCUGUCUUUAUCACAGCUGGGCCUGAAAAUAAUUUUAAUGAAAGGAAUAAUUUUUAAUGUGCUGAUGACAAUGCUUCUGUGGAAAAAAAAAGAAUUAAAGUAACCAGAUGGUGCAGUCUUGAAGUUCCAAUAAAGUCUGCUGAGGAAUCUUUACUUGAGCAUCAAGUGCAAGAGGAAACACAGGCAUUCCUGUCACAAGGGAUAUCACUUGUUUCUGUAUAUCAUACCAGCUAUUAUAGCCUAAAUUGCUUUAUUUGCGUUCUUACAAAGCCACUCAAAAAUAAGCUUAACAUCUUCAGCAUUCUGCUCGCCCAGAUGCCUGAUUCAUUUAGCAUGACAAUGCCUCCUUUUGCAUGAAGCAUAGUUUGCUAUAACUAUAAAUUGCCAACGAUCACUAUUACUUGUAUUAAGUACACAGACACCAUUUCAGUUGCAAAAGAAACAUUCUGAAAAACAGAGAGAUUUAUUCAGGGUGCUAUGCAUCCUCUCCUGCUACCUUUUGCUAGAUCAGAGUAAGGUAUCUUUUUGUUUUGUUUUGUUUUGGUUUUGGGUUUUUUUUGUUCCCUAAAAGAUAUGCUGCUAGGUCUCCCAGAAGUCCUGAAUUCAGUAACAUUCUCACCUCAUUAUCAUAGGACAAAAGAACGUUUAGUAGCUUUUUUGAAAUCUAUCUGGCUUUACCAUUUUCUGAAUUUAAACCUGCUUAAGAUUUGGCUUUACAUUUACCAAAAAUACAAACUACUUUUGUUCUUUUUAUUUAGUUCUAAAACAACCUUGUAUUUCCCAAUUUCUUUUAUAAUCACUGCAUAAAACUACACUGAAAUAUUUACCUGUCCAUGUGUGCACUCCUUGGAAACAGUGCAUGCAUGUGAACUUUGCACGCUGCUAAUUCUGGAAUUGUACUGGCAACCACACUGGUAUCUUGGCAUUUCUUUAGGUCUUUGGCUGUUAUUAAACAA